CUUUACAGUGUCUUUUCAUUCCUAUCAAAAUUUUUUUUUAAAAAAAAGCAAAACAAAUUGUUCGAGUUUGGUUACAUUGGGUUUUGAUUGGACUUUUCUUUUCUUUUUAUAUUUUUAAUAAAAGAAAAAUUACUUGCUUGAGUCUUUUAGGGUUCAUAUUGCUUUUCAUCUCUGGUAAAAACUGUAGACCUUACUGUUUUGAGUGUCACUGUUGCAUUAGUUCUUUGUCUUUUUAUUUAAUUUUCCUUCUUUUGUUUGGUUUACCAACAAUAUUAUAGACAAAAAGUUAAUUAGGCUUGUGGGUUUUUCUGCUUCUGAAUUUUUGUCUGCAUAAUUUUACUUUUCCUCCAUUUUUUUUUUAUUUUAUUUUUGCCCAGAAAGUGAGUGAGAGAGAUGGAAACAUCAAAAUGUAUUGUGGGUUUUCAUGUUCCCGUUGGUCUGGUUUCCUCAGGUCUCAAGUAGGCUCUUCUGCUAAUCCAAUCAAACAGACAGCAAAACAGAAAAUUCCAUUUUAUUUUGGAAAAGUAUAAGAAUCUUGUAACCAUAACUAUGCCAUUGAUUUUUGCAUUUAUAAUACCAAGGACUAAAACAAAAUUAACUUGAACAAAUUCUGCACAACUUUUCUCCUGUUUCAAGCUUUCCUAUAUCAUAAUAUAAUGAUGCCCCUAACAUUAUCGAGUUGAACUUGUCUGUGCUUUUUUUACUUUUUAUUUAUCUAUUAUAUAGUAAAUCUUCAUUCCAACAAUGUCAAGCUCAAGCCAAGCUCAAGUGCCAUCUAGUUCUCCUGACCCUUCCACCCAAAACUCGGUCUUAGAGGGAAAGGCAGCAGCAUGGGCGGACGGUCUGCCAAGACAAGGAGGAGCAAACCCUUGUGGAACUCUCAUUCGCCGUGCCGUCAGUGAUUCACAUGCCCUGUCAAAAGCCCUUUUUGAGGACUGGAUUCCGGGUUUAGCUGCUGAUGGUGCUGAAGAGAAUUCUGUUCGUUUAACUGGCUUGGAAUCAACACUUGUGUACGGGCCUAACUCUCCUAGGAGAAAAAGUGCUAGUGUUUCAGACUAUGCCUCGGCUUCAGCAUUAUCAGAAAGCGUUUCUCAGAAUAUACAGCAAUCAGUUGGAGAGCCCGCAAUAGCAAAGACCGUAAAACGGAACUCAAGGCAGCACUCAAGGGACCGCAAAGUCCGGUAUAUUGCAGAAUUAGAAAGAACUAUAAACCUUCUCCAGACUUUAAAUACAGAGCUGGAAGUUAGAGUUGUUUCUCAGAAUCAGCAAUGUGCUGCUUUGUACAUGGAGAACAACAUAUUAAUGCAGCGACUGGCCACACUGGAGGACCAAAUAUUUAUCAAAGAGGGUCAAUAUCAGUUGCUGAAGAAAGAAAAUGAGAGACUGAAGAAUGCUUUCGCAAGUGGUGCUCCUGAGGCAGAGCGAUCACUAGUCACUUGGCAGAUAUUAGACAUGGCAAAACGUAAUCUUAGCUGAUUAAAUUUCAUGCUACACCAUACUAGACAUUUUUUGAUACUUCUAAUAAUAACCUCCCAAGACUUGUAUCCUUACCAAAUUAA